CGUGUCAUCAGUUAACAAAGUGAACUUGUUGCAUUCACAAUGAUUUACAGACCGGAGAACACCUACGAUGCGGAGCGCAGAAUCUGGAAUGGUCAGCAGGAACAUGAAUAUUUUGCACCCGAUCUAUCCAUUGGACACAUCAUUUUUCACGAAAUGCGACGUCAUCCGAAGCUGAUAGCUCAAAUCUCAGACACUGAAAAUACUGUGUUGACCCGGGAGGAGCUCCAUUUAAACUCGAUGCGCGUGGCCAGUUAUAUGAGAUCUUUGGGCUUGCAACAAUCGGACAUUGUGGGAAUCAUAGCAAGAAAUACUACGCACAUCUUUGCCGUGGCCUAUGCCUGUUUUUUCAAUGGGAUUGCCUUCCACUCCCUCAACGUCUCCUACGAACAGGCGACCAUUGAGAAGCUAUUUGAUAUUACGAAGCCGCGUUUAAUAUUUUGCGAUGGUGAAGACUAUGAGAAAGUGAAAUUGGCCACGGAAGACUUAAACGUGAAGAUUAUUACAAUGCGUAACCAUCAGAUCGGAUCCAUUAGCAUUGAGGAAGUGCUGGCUACGCCUGUGGAACCAAACUUCGAACCCUCUCGUCUUGAGCAGGGAAAUAAUCAAACCCUGGCCAUUCUCUGUUCUUCAGGCACCACGGGCAUACCCAAAGCAGUGACCAUCACGAACAGUCGCAAGAUCUUAAACAGCACCAAUUACUUGACUACCGAUGACGUUCAGUUUUCACUGAGCUCUCUAGAUUGGGUGACAGGAUUGCUUACAGCAAUAAGUUCAGGAGUGUACAGCACGAAACGAAUUAUAAGUACAAAACCCUUAGAUCCUGUGGAUUUUCUGCGAAUCAUCGAGGAGCACAACGUCACGUGGAUAUUACAGGCACCUUCACACAUGGCGAUGUUGGUUAAUUGCGCGGAGUUCGAAAAAGCAAAUCUGCAAAGUAUUCGCUUCUAUCUGUAUGGAGGAAGUCGUUGCUCCUUAGAGGUACAACAACGCCUACGAAGGCAUCUGCGGAACGACUGCCUUCAUUUGGUGUACGGAUUCACGGAGGCGGGCAGCAUGGUGGCCAUGAACUGCAACUUUGAUGAAAAGCCCAAUUCCGUAGGUCGUUUGGGAGACGGUUAUAAGCUUAAGAUAUUGAACGAAAGGGGAGAGGCUGUCGGACCGAACGAAGUGGGAGAGAUAUGCGUUUAUAGUGGCCAAUAUUGGGCCGGCUAUUAUGGAAAUCCCGAGGAAACUCAUAAUAUAUGCGACUCAGAGUUGUGGAUGCACACUGGCGACUUGGGCUACAUGGAUGACGAUUGUUUUCUCUACGUAGUUGAUCGAAAAAAAGAUAUGCUUAAGUACCAGAAUAUAAUGUACUAUCCCCAUGAACUCGAAGAGGUCAUCUCCAAGAUGCCAGAUGUGGCAGAAGUCUGUGUCUUUGGAAUUUGGGAUGAUACCAAUGGUGACGAGGCGGCUGCUGCCGUGGUCAAGAAGAUCGGCACAAAUAUACAAGCCAAGGAUGUGGUGGACUAUGUGCAAAAGCAUAUCACUGCAAGUUACAAGCAUUUGCAUGCAGGUGCCAUCAUUGUAGACGAUCUCCAGCGGAGUGCCAAUGGCAAAACCAAUCGGCAAGCCACAAAGAAUUAUUUUAUAAAAGUUAAGAACAAGUGACAAAACGCAUACUGAAUUAAAAAAAUAAAACUUCAAAAAUGCACAUAUUUAA